UCGCCACUCGUGGUCUCCCCCUCCCCCGCGCACCCGUCGCACUUCCAGUUCCGAUUUCUCGAAUGGCGAUGGCGAUGAUGACGAUGCGACGCGCGGCGGCGCUCGGCGCCCGCCACAUCCUGGCCGCCUCCUCCUCCCGCGUCGCCCCCCUCCGCCACAUGAGCGCGGACGCGGGCGCCGCGAUGGAGAAGAUCCGGGCGGCGGGGCUGCUCAGGACGCAGGGGCUUAUCGCCGGGCAGUGGGUCGACGCAUAUGACGGCAAGACCAUCGAGGUGCAAAACCCAGCUACUGGUGACGUCCUUGCAAACGUGGCCUGUAUGGGCAGCAGAGAAACAUCUGAUGCUAUAGCUUCUGCUAACUGUGCAUUCUAUUCUUGGAGUAAACUCACCGCGAACGAGAGGAGCAAGGCUCUGAGAAAAUGGUACGAUCUAAUUAUUGCACACAAGGAAGAGCUUGCUCUUCUCAUGACAUUGGAGCAGGGGAAACCUAUGAAAGAAGCCCUUGGUGAGGUCAAUUAUGGUGCAAGUUUCAUAGAAUAUUUUGCUGAGGAAGCAAAGCGUAUAUACGGUGAUAUCAUUCCCCCAACUCUGUCAGAUCGCAGACUGUUGGUUCUGAAGCAGCCAGUUGGGGUAGUUGGAGCUAUUACACCAUGGAAUUUUCCAUUAGCAAUGAUAACCCGAAAGGUUGGACCAGCUUUGGCCUGUGGCUGCACUGUUGUUGUCAAGCCAUCAGAAUUCACACCUCUGACAGCAUUGGCUGCAGCAGAUCUUGCUCUCCAAGCUGGAAUACCAGCGGGUGCACUAAAUGUUGUGAUGGGUAAUGCUCCUGAGAUAGGUGAUGCAUUACUGCAGAGUACACAGGUCAGAAAGAUUACAUUCACUGGAUCAACAGCUGUUGGCAAAAAAUUGAUGGCAGGAUCUGCAAAUACCGUGAAAAAGGUCUCUUUGGAACUUGGUGGGAACGCACCUUGCAUUGUUUUUGAUGAUGCUGACAUCGAUGUCGCUGUUAAAGGAAGUCUUGCUGCCAAGUUCCGUAACAGUGGACAGACAUGUGUUUGUGCAAACAGGAUCUUGGUGCAAGAAGGUAUCUACGAAAAAUUUGCAAGCGCAUUCAUCAAGGCUGUUCGGAGUUUGCAUGUUGGUAAUGGGCUAGAAGAGAGUACAUCACAGGGUCCUCUGAUUAAUGAAGCUGCUGUCCAAAAGGUGGAGAAGUUCAUAAAUGAUGCGACUUCAAAGGGAGCAAACAUCAUGCUAGGUGGUAAAAGGCACAGCCUGGGGAUGACAUUUUAUGAGCCAACUGUAGUAGGGAAUGUCAGCAAUAAUAUGCUUCUUUUCAGGGAAGAAGUUUUUGGCCCAGUUGCACCUCUUAUACCAUUCAAAACUGAGGAAGAAGCAAUCCAUUUGGCCAAUGAUACAAACGCAGGCUUAGCUGCAUACAUAUUUACCAAGAGCAUACCUCGUUCGUGGCGUGUCUCUGAAUCUCUUGAAUACGGCUUAGUUGGGGUAAACGAGGGAAUCAUUUCAACGGAGGUGGCACCGUUUGGCGGAGUAAAGCAGUCUGGUCUUGGGAGAGAAGGAUCAAAAUAUGGCGUCGACGAAUACCUGGAGCUCAAGUAUAUCUGCAUGGGCAACAUGGGUUGAGUCCUGAAACCGGCCUGGUUAGAAACGCCUGACGACGAUGAAACGAGGAACCAAAGGAGGCAGGUGUGCUGACACCUGAUAGGAAGUUUAGCUGCAAGCUACAGUAGAUGGUAUGCAUGGGAGGGAACCCGUCACUGGCUGUCGGGAGCAGUUUAGAAUAAAGAGAAUAAGCCGCGGAGCCAUGAAUAAAAAAAAGGUCCGAAUGAGUUGUAAAUGACGUGAACAAUAAAGCAUCUCCGAGCUUUUGUAUACACAAUCAUGGCGCUACUCGUCGAUGGCGUCUUUGGAGACGUUGAUGCUAGUACGAAAUAAAAGCUUCUAGGGUGGAUAACAUCUCGCCA